CACGAUUCAUUUCUCUCUUUCUCUUUCUCUUUCUCUGCGAAGUCGAAAAUGGAGAACGAGGAUUGAAGUUAAUUGCGAGGGAUAAGUGUAGAGGAAACAAGGCGUGAAUCGUGGGAGUUGUUAGCAUUACCCAUAAUCGUUUCUACAGAAGCGAAAAUGAGCAAUCCGGAUCAUGUGACAUUCCUUGUGUAUUUUGGAGGGUAUUGGGUGAAGAAUCAUGUAGGAGAUGUUGCUUAUCUCAAUGGUAAAGAUAUAGCUAUAGAAUGUAAACCAGAAGAGUUUUUCAUCAAGUUGUCGGCGGAGUUGGGGGAGGGAUUAUAUGGCCAAAACAUGUGGUAUAAGUACCCUUUUGAAGAGCAUAAUGAAAGAAAGAGAUUGAGGUCUGCGGAUUUGAGUUUUAAGAGGAUGUGUGAUGCGGGCAGAUGGACUGGAGUGAUGAAUGUUUUUUUGGUGAACUCAACAGAGCAUCCUAAUGAUAUCGAGUCAUCUGAGCCAUGUGAAGAAGAGAUCCGGGUUGAAAGAAAUGUGGCUUCUUUUGUUGAUGAGGAUGAGGAUUUCGAUUAUCAUAACACACCUCCUAACUCUGAUGGUGAAGAAGAAGAGGAGCAUUUGGUUAGAUACAAACGAGGUAGUGGUCAGCUAGAGAUAGAACAAGUAUUUGAUAGUCUAGAGGAGUUCAGAGAAGCUUUAGUAGCUUAUGCAUUAAAAGAGGGUUGUAACAUAAAGAUAAGUAGAUGGGGGAAAGACAAGUCAGCGGCUGUGUGUGGGACUAAAGAGCCUUGUCCAUGGUAUAUCUACUGUUCUUAUGAGGAGUGCGUUGGCAAGUGGAAAGUGAAAACUUUUGAAGAUCAGCACAGUUGCACAAAUGAUAACUAUUGUAAGAUAUUGAAAGCACCUGUGAUUUGCAAGAUGUUUUUGGAUGAUAUCAGAACUGAUCCUGAUUAUGGACCAAAAAGGAUGCAACAAGAGAUUGAGAAGAACUACAAUCUGAUAGUAAGCAUAGACAAAUGUAAAAAUGCUAAGAAAAAAGCUGUAGAGAUCAUCGACCGUGAGCACAAGGAGCAAUUUUCUAGGCUGAAAGAUUACCGCUUAGCACUUCUUCAAUCUAACCCUGAGUCAACAGUAGUGCUAGACACAGUGCUUGAUGAUGAUGGAUCAGAGAUCUUCCAUAGAUUCUAUGUGUGUUUUGCUGCCAUUCGAAAGAUGUGGUCUAUGUGGUGUCGUCCUAUCUUUGGAGUGGAUGGUUGUUUUAUGAAAUGCACACUAAAGGGACAAUUAUUGGCUGCUGUGGGGAGGGAUGCUAACAAUGGAAUGUAUCCCAUGGCUUGGGCCGUUGUUGAUAUAGAAAAUGAAGACAAUUGGGUAUGGUUCCUAGAAAAGUUGAAGGUUGAUUUCAAUCUACAGGAGGGUCAAGGGUUUACUAUCAUAUCUGAUAGGCAAAAGGGUUUAUUGAAUGCAGUGGAAAGAGAGUUACCUUAUGUUGAACAUAGAAUGUGUGCUAGACACAUCUAUGGGAACCUAAAGAAGAUAUUUCCCCAUCAAGGUGACAUGAAAAAGCUCUUUUGGCAAGUAGCGGAAAGUUAUACCACGAAAGAGUAUGAAGCAAAUUUGGAAUUGGUAAAGAGCUAUGAUAUGCGUGUUUAUGAAGCCAUGAUGGAGAAGAACCCAAAGAAUUGCAGCCUUGCUUUUUUCACGCCAACAUCCUCCUGCGUAGAUGUUCAUAACAACAUCUCUGAAUCUUUCAACAAUGCAAUAGAUCCUGCAAGGUAUAUGCCAAUGGUAGAGAUGUUGGAGACGAUAAGGAGAAGAACCAUGGUGCGUAUUGAUAUGAGGAAGACAAAAGCUGACAAGGAUCUAAGCAGAGUACCUCCUAGAAUAAAAGAAAUGAUAGCGUUGGAGCAGAAAAGGCUUAAGUUCUGCAAGGUUAUCCCUGGAUCAGACGGUAGAAAUGAAGUCCGUGAGUCAGGUACAUCUUACUCUGUGAACAUUACAAUGAAGACAUGUGCCUGCAGGAGAUGGGAAAUGAGUGGAGUUCCAUGUAGGCAUGCAUUACGCAUCAUCGCAGAAAAGAAGCUAAAUCAUGAAGAUUACAUCUCUAGUUGGCUUCUCAAUGGAAGGCAACAACAAAUUUAUAGGGACUCAAUUCGGCCAGUAAAUGGUAUGUGUUUCUGGGAUAACUCCGGUUCUGUGAUAUUGCCACCUCCAAAUCUGGUUGAAGAACUUGAAAACAGAAAAGGAAGAAAGCCAAAGCCAAAAAGGAAGAAAGGGAAGAAUGAGUCUCCAAAAAAGAAAAAGGCUAGUAGAGAGAGGAGAAUCAUGCAUUGUCGUCGUUGCAGUUUAACUGGACACAAUGCAGCUAAAUGUCCAAAUAUGGAAGUGGAAAGGUCUAUGCCACCUAAGAAGAAGAAGAAGACUAAACCAUCGGCAGAUGGAGGAGGACCAAGUCAACCAACACAAGACACAUUUUCAAGUCAACCAACACAAGACACAUUUGAAGUAUGAAGCGGUUUAGGACUAUUUCUUUUUCUCUUUUUGAUGUCAUGGUCUGUUUUUGGGGACAUGUAACAACACAAUGUCUUUUGA